GCAUCGGAUAUCCAACCGGUCGCAUGUCAAGCCAGGCCCCGCCCACGCACGUACGGACUAAGAACUUUGCUCCCCUUCCCUCACGCGUGAAUCAUCUUCCCUGCCGUUGCCUUGUUCAAAUGUCAGUAUUGGUAUGAUAUGAUCAUGGUCAUCGUUCAGAACCACUGCCUGUGACGAGAUAAACAAAAGUGCUGGCGACUGGUUUCGUCGAGGUUUGUUUUGUCUCUGAUGGAGUGCUUGUUGCCAUUCAUCCGCGAAUCUUUCUCGCACGGGCCAGCAGUCCAUCGAUAGGUGCAGAGCCAUCCCCAGCCUCGUAUUCCCAUUGAAAUUCUUAAAGAAGAGACCGCGUGGUGUUGUGCCCUUGAAGUGAAAAGCGACGCAAUAAUGGCAUCAGGGAGUCAACAAACACCGCAUUCCAGCCAGGAGAUUGUCGCAAAACAGUCGCCCUUUAUAGUGCCCAAAACGGUGUCGGCAUCGCCGCCUAGUGCGAGUUCCAAUGCGAAGUGGAUUAAGCUCAAUGUUGGAGGAAAGGUCUUCGUAACAACACGGAGCACCCUCGUCAACAAGGAACCGGACAGCAUGCUGGCGCGAAUGUUCUCACUGGAUGGAGCGAUGAACCCCAGCGAUACGGACGAGAAUGGAGCGUACUUAAUCGACCGGAGCUCGCAGUACUUUGAGCCGAUAAUCAAUUAUCUGCGCAACGGCCAACUGAUCUACGAUGCGCACUUAAACGUGGAAGGUAUUCUGGAAGAGGCCAAGUUCUUCGGCAUUGAGAGCCUCAUCCCACAGCUUGAGGCGCAGCUGCGAGCGUGCAAUGUCCACUCGGACAAUGUGCCAUUGACCCGUCGAGAAGUGAUCCAGGCGCUGAUUCAGACUUCGUACUUGUCCGAGAUUCGGUUUCAGGGUGUCAACCUGGCUGGAGCAGAUUUACGCAAGCUUGACUUUAGAAAUAUAAACUUCAAGUAUGCCUGCCUACAGCGAUGCAAUCUGUCCCAUGCGAACUUGUCUUAUUGCUGCCUGGAGCGAACAGAUCUGUCCUACGCCAACUUAGAAAACGCCCAGCUAGUCUCGGUUCGCGGGCUUUGCGCCAAUUUGGAAGGUGCCAACUUGAAGAGUUGCAACUUCGAGGAUCCGACCGGCGUUCGUACCAAUUUCGAGGGAGUGAAUUUGAAAGGAGCGUGUCUGGAGGGCAGCAACAUGGCAGGCGUGAACUUGCGUGUGGCUAAUUUGAAAAACGCCAACAUGAAGAACUGCGUGCUCCGCUCGGCUGUCCUAGCCGGGGCCGACUUGGAACGGUGCAAUUUGUCAGGGAGUGAUCUGCAGGAAGCAAAUCUGCGCGGAGCGAAUUUGAAGGACGCAGAGCUUGAAUUGAUGGUGACGCCUCUGCACAUGUCGCAAACUGUCCGUUGAGUCGAAAACGGAACUCACGCCCAUUGUGAUCUACUUAUAUUCGCUUUAUAAUCUCUAGAAGUAUUCUAAACUAGCUUUAAACUCUGACGGAGUGUAUAUUACUUUAAUUUAUUAAGAUUUGCACCAAUAAAUGAUUUUGCGCUUA